CAAAAGUUUGAGAACCACAGAGCUAGUGCACCUGCACCCCUACUCACCCUUACAUAAGUGCACCCUCCACCCAGCUCCCCCCUCCAUAUGCGCCCCCCCCCACUCUCAGAUGCCCAAGUGUACUAUUUUCUGCUUAUUUUCCCAGUGUAGCUGCUAGUUCAUUGAACCAAAGUGGGGCUGCCGUUGUAUGAUGCUUGUCGCUUAAGUGCCUGUGUUGGGGUGUCAGUUCAAAUUUCCCAUGAUCUGGAGCACAAUAUCUAAAUCCUGGAAGUAUGAACAGUCCCAGAUUUGCAAAAUUGUUGGGGAGGAUAAAGAAUCUAUACAGCAGCCUAUGGAGAGGGAAUGGUCCAAAGGAAGUAGCUGAAGUCUGGUUCUGCAAAGGCAUUAGCCCUCACCGAUAAUAAUAUUCAUACCACAUUUCAAACUUCAGCAGUUCCUGCUGUAAGUCUACCUUAAAAUGUGGCUAGCUUUUUUUUUUUUUUAAGAAAUGUUGUUUGGGUUUUUCCUCUACCCUCACCCAGCGCAACCCCUAUAUGGAUUUUGCUCCACCUCUCCAAAAUAAUUCACUUAUGGACAGAGACUAAGCACAUAAAAUUUCAAUCCAAAAGUAUAAGUUCCGGGACCUGACCAUAGAAGAACUGAAGAAUGUUGUUAAGAUCUACCCAAACUUCAGAUUCUCUAUGGACACAUACACUUUCAAAGAUGGAUCCCUUAAAGACCUCUUGAAUUUUAGUGGCACUAUUCCAGUGAAAUAUCAGGGUAAUUCCUAUAACAUACCAAUUUGUUUGUGGAUUUUGGAUUCUCAUCCUUUUGCUCCUCCCAUUUGCUUGCUGAAACCAACUAUAAACAUGGAAAUCUCUGUGGGAAAACACGUAGAUGCACAUGGCAGGAUAUACUUGCCCUAUCUACAAAACUGGAGCCACCCAAAAUCAAUUAUCAUUGGAUUAAUCAAAGAAAUGAUUGAAAAGUUUGAGGAAGAGCUACCUCUGUAUUCAGUAUCAUCUUCCAAUGAAGCCAAGCAGUUAGAACUGCUAUCCUAUAUUGCAAAGAUAACUACAGAUGAAACUGACAUGAAUUCAAAGACUAUGGUGGGUGGACAGAAAAAAAAUGGAGGCUUUAACAAAGUUACUGUGAUUGGAGCAGGAGAUCUUGGCAUUGCUUGUGUACUAGCAAUUGCAGCAAAGGGUGCUGCAGACCAGGUGGUUCUCUUAGACCUCUCAGAAAGAGCAGCAAAAGGAGGAACAAUGGACCUGGAUAUCUUUGCUUUGCCAAAUGUAGAGAUCAGCAAAGAUUUUUCUGCUUCUGCUGAUUCAAAAGUGGUAGUGCUCACUGUUAAUUCUUUGGGUAAUGCUCAGUCGUAUCUUGGUGUCAUACAGAGCAAUGUGGAUCUAUUCAGAGGAAUUGUCCCAGCAGUAGCACAUUAUAGUCAAAAUAGUGUGCUGCUUGUUGCAUCUCAUCCAGUGGAAGUAAUGACAUAUGUAUCAUGGAAGCUGAGUGCAUUUCCUAAAAGCAGAGUUGUCGGAAUUGGUUGUAAUCUAGACACUGAGAGAUUCCAAUAUAUUAUCACAAACUUGUUGAAAGCACAGACCAUAGGAAAAGAGGUUUGGAUUAUCGGCGAACGAGGGGAAGAUAAAGUGCCUGCAUGGAGUGGUUCUAAUUUAGUAACAUGUCAUCAAACUGAAGGAGUAGUGAAUGAUAACUCUCAGGAGCAGUUGGCAAACAGAGCCAUGGAAGUUCUUAAGGGAAAAGGUCAAAAGUCCUGGUCUGUUGGGCUGUCAAUAGCUGAUCUGAUUGAAAGUAUACUGAAAAAUAAAAGAAAGAUUCAUUCCAUAUCAACUCUGGCAAAGGGGUGUUGCAAUAUAAACAGUGAAGUAUUUUUAAGUAUGCCAUGUAUUCUUGGAAUCAAUGGAGUGACUGAAAUUAUCAAACCACUGAAGGAGGAUAAGUUGGUGGCAAAGAAACUGCAAAGCAGUGCAGCAUCAAUUCAUGACCUUCAACAGCAAUUGAAACUGUAAACACAAUGGAAUCAUGCCAUAUCUUCUCAUGAAAAUGCUCGGUUUGCUAAGGGAAAAUGUUUCCCUGAUAGAUAUAGGUUUCUGCAAAUAGAAGAAUUACCAUUUCCUUUCAAAACUGCCUCACUCCUUCAAAGCAUUAGUUAAACUACGUAACAGAGAACAUCACAAGAUGAAUGGAAAGCUUUUUUCUUUUUUUAAAAAAGCUGUAACUUUUGUAGUCAAAAUGAAGAGAUAAUCUACAACUGUGUUUUGUCAAAAUUUAAGUAACUUUGCCUGCAUUCUUUGUUACUAAGCUAUGCACUAUGUAGGCCUGAUUUUCACAUUCACUAUGUUUCCGUUGUGCCCUCUGCUGGGACAAAUAGGUUGUAAAGCUGACUUAACAGUCUAUCUGGAAGUGUGUCUAGUGUAGGGAGAAUCCUUGGGUGGUGUAGAGCCACUACAAAAGCAGUUUGUCACCUCCCUUGUAAUCUUCAGUGUAGGAGGCAUGACUAGAACACCAUUGCACUCCAGCUAUUCAGUGCAGUAAAGGAUUGACUAAAAUGAUUCUCAUGCUUAGCAAACACGAUAAAGCACUUUGUUUUCAUGUAAUUGAACUUGACACUAGAACACUGCUAGGAAAAAUGGGAAAUUUUUUUUUUUAAUGAUACACCUUUGAGCUUGAGCUUUUGGACAUUAUGUAUGAAUGCCGUUGUAUGUUCAUUUAAUUGUCUGAGCUUUUUUCCUAGAAUUUUUCUCUAUUCUAAUUGUUUUGUAUGUUUUACAGACCCUUUAGGUGUUUUUAUGCUAUAAGUUAUUUCUAAAACAUUUUUGUUUUAAACACUAGAGGUAUGCCAACAAAUACAGCAUUGGUACAGAUACUGUACACAGUGGUGAGGUGUUUGUGUGGGGGGAGGUGGGAAUAAAGGACAAUCUUACAAUUGAGUAAUAUAGAAGUAAAUAAGGCUUGGAGGCAUAAUUAAUUCAUGGAAAUAUAUGAUUCAAAGCCCAUUGAUGUCAGUGGGCUUUGGAUCAGGUUCAUAAGGAAAAUAAAGUGACUGGGAAAGGCAACUGAAUCUGAGUAGGGAGACACCCCUGGCUGACAAGGGUGAGGGGUGUACAGAAAAAGUAGGAUACUAGUGUUUAAAAUAAAACGAAAAAGAAUGCAUGUUGGUACAAGUGGUUUUAUUGACUUCCUAAAUAAUCUUUGCUUGUUCAUUAUGUUACACUCCUAAAAGAAAAGUAGUAUAUUCAUCUUGUGAGUAGACUUUAGUAUUCAAUUGAAUACUAAUGAUACCAAAUACAGUAAAGGAGAAAAUGUGGACCCAACUCUUAAAAGUGCUGGUAUGUAUUUCUUAAAAUACCAUUGAAGCUUUAUGUUGGUAAAGACACAAUAUAUGAAUGAAUUAGAUUGAUGAUACACUUGUUUGUGCCUUACACUUAUACCUCAGAAAGGGCCCAGUCUUAAAGAGGCUUAGUAUCCUCAACAACCUUUUGGGCCUGAUAUGUAUCACUUACAAGUCCAGUUUCCAUUGUGAUCGAUGGGGGCACGAUUUAGCCCAUCGACAUCAUUGGGAGUUGUGAUCUGCUGAGUGAUCUCAGGAUUGAGACCAAAAAUAGGAAAACUACAUUUUCCUUAAUGGGAUCACCAUUCAUAUUGCCCGAGCAUUUUUUUAAUGAUUUAAUCAGUGAUGGUUUGUAAAUAGUGAUUAUUAUGAUAGAACGAUUGAGCUGGUUGUUUAAACGUAACUGAGCACUAAUCUCUAGCUGGACUGGUUUUCUUUGUAACUUAUUAAUAUCUUCAUGAAUGAGCAAUAAGUAACUUUUCCUUAAAGUGUGGUGCAUUUAAAAUUGUUCAUAAAGAGGGCUACACUUAGCUAGAAUAGAUCAUUUUUGUACCUUAAAGUUGUAUCUUAUUUUGUUAAAAGCUGCAGUCCUCUGAUAAUUGUCACUUUUUAGGAUAAAUUGUACUUAGCACUCAUAAUUCAGAAAUCUGAUCUGUUUUUUAAAUAUAUUAAGUGCCGUUGUUCAGACAUUUCCAAUUUUUAUUUAAAAAGAAGGGAUUGCAGCUUUAAAAAUACAUUACAUGGCACUUUACAUUGUUGUAGGAAGGAGAUUAUCUAAAGUCACUUUUAGACUAAUGGCACUAAAAAGGCAUCUGUUGUAUGACACUUAUUCUUGUUGUUCAGAAACAGUGGGGAAAAAUAGUGUUUUAGAUGCACAAAGUACUUGUAAGACGUGGCCUGCUAUUAAGGGCCUCUAAAAUGAGGAUUUUAGUUGGCCAGCCAUUUCCAGUAUACUAAACAGCUGGUGUAUUGCUGCAGAACUCUUAAUAUUGAUAUCUAGGUUCAAAUAUACUGAAUUCAUGUAAUUUGUAUAUUGCACUGUUUUCCUGCUAUUGUGUUUUUAAAUUAUGGUUCUUAUGCAUUGAUGGUGUCAUGAAGUAUCGAGUUGUUGUAAUCUAUAUACUGUGCUUUCAUUCAAUUCUGUUUUAAAUCAUGGUUCUCA